UGUAUCAGUGAUAACAUAGAAAGAAGAUGACACAUUGGGCAACGAUCUUUGCAAUUUUUGGAUUCUGUAUCUCUAAUUCAAAAUGUCGAUUCUUGGAUAUGACCUAUGAUUUGUUUGCUGGACUUCCGCAGUACCCCGGACAUAGCCCAUUCAAACUAAAGCUAGUGCGUAAGGGGCCUUUUUUAGGAAGCCCGUUCUUUGUCCUCAAUGACAUCGAGAUGCCUGAACAUACCGGUACACACAUUGACGCUCCGUAUCAAUUCAACGAAUCAGGAUGGCGAGUGAACGAGAUUCCGAUAGAUCAUCUGGUUGGGCCAGCUGUGGUACUUGAUAUUCGUGAAAAGAUGAGUGAAGCACCACCCGAUAAAGUGCCAACUGCCGAUAUCGUCGACGCUGAGACCUGGGAGAGAAAAUAUGGAAGAAUCCCUAAUGGGGCGAUCGUUAUCAUGAACUCGGGUAACGGUAAAAACUGGCCGAAUGUGACAGCUUAUAGUGGUGCCAAAGACCAAGAUGAUAGUACGAAUAUACGAUCCCCCGGAUUCAGUCUUGAGUUGACAAAAUGGCUCGUCAAAGAACGUAAAAUCAAUGGUAUAGCCUCGGAUACAUGA